AUGUUACUGAUGAAAGCUGAUGUGAAAAUGUUGAUGGAAAACAUGAGUGACGUCGUCGAGACGGUACACCUUGACAGACCGCAAAGAAACGUGAACAAACAUAAAGCCGUAAAUAAAGAUGAUGACGACAGUCUGACAAACUUUUCUGGACAUGUUUUAUUGAAGUCUUUUCGUGUCGUGCUUAUUUCUGAAUUGACCUCAUCGACAAAUACUACAGAGGUUGAGGCAGCCGACACAUCCGUGUAUUUCAUCGAACGCCAACAGGGUUUCUAA